AUGUCCUCUCUACCAAGAAGCGUGCAAAAAAGCCAAAAUUUGAGGGUUCUACAGCUCAACCUCAACCACUGCGAAGCAGCACAAGAUCUGCUAACGCAAACAGUGUUUGAGCAGAAAAUCGACGUGGCAAUAGUCUGCGAACAAUAUAAAAACGUUAGCGCAGCAACGUGGACCUCCGACCUAACGGACAAAGCGGCCAUUUGUGCCUGUGGAGGAAACGUGUUCCAAGAACAGCCACUAACAGGACAAGCCUAUUAUACACGAGUAAAGAUCAGCGAAAUAAACUUCUAUAGCUGUUACAUUCCGCCAAGCAUCACACAAAGUGAAUAUGAAGUAAUCAUUGAUAACCUUGUACGAGAAGUGUCGAACACCACAAUGAACGUAGUGGCAGGUGACUUCAAUGCAUGGGCAGUGGAGUGGGGUAGCACAUACACAAAUAGACGAGGAGAAACCCUUUUGAACGCCUUUUCGGUACUGAAUACCGUCUUGCUGAAUACCGGUAACAGAAAUACCUUCGAAAAAAACGGCCGUGGUUCUGUAAUCGAUAUUACGUUUGCUAGUAGCUCCCUUGUGCGGUCGUGUACAUGGCAAGUGAGCGACUUGUAUACACACAGUGACCACUUGGCAAUUCUACUUGAAAUUGAUAAAACGCACAAAACGCUGGAUGACAACCCGAACUGCGCCAUAGACAUAGAAAAGAAGGCUGAAUGCCUUGUUAAAUACGUGAGCAAAGCUUGUGAUGCCGCUAUGUGUAGGAAAAAACAAGGCACAUACAGGAAACCCGUAUACUGGUGGAAUGAGGGUAUUGAAGCUCUAAGAAGUAAACGCCACAAAGCGAGGCGCCAAUGUCAAAGGGGACGACAAACGGCGGAUUUCACAAUGCUAAAUGAGCGCUUUAAACGAAAGCGAAAUGAACUCAAGAAAGCAAUAAAGAAGAGCAAAGGCUGUUGUUUUAAAGAGCUCUGCAACAAGGUCGAAGAAAACCCGUGGGGAGAUGCAUAUAAAAUCGUCAUGUCAAAGAUUAAAGACUAUAAAGGACAGGCGCCUACAUGCCCUAGUUUAUUAAAGACGGUUGUCCAAACCCUUUUUCCGACGCAAUUGCUACAAAGGCACAAAUAA